AUGGCCGUAAAAUACAAUCUAAGGUUUUGUUCAAGCAUGAUUUGUAAAUAAUCACAUUCGCUUUGUUGAAUAAAAGUAAAUCCGAUCAUAAAAAUAAAUAAUUUGAGUUCCCUAAAGACCCUUCGAGUUGAAACUACAUUUUCCAGAAGGCUCUGCGCGGCGGCGUCCUUUCGAUUCCUUAGCAACCAGUGACCUUGGAGACGGUGAGAGAAAAUCCUGGAAACACGCAGCCUCUGUGGAGAGGGGAAUUAGAAAUAACGCUUCAGGUCGAUGACUUGCCAGGACUUGGAGGUUUUAGGCGCUGAAUGUUGAGUCGGGAAUAUGAAAUAGUAAGUGUGAGGGGCUUGGCCUCCCCGGCAGGCCGCAGACUGAUCAUCUGGGCAGGAUCCCGGGACGGAGGAAACUCGAAUGGCGGCCGAAGGGCUGUCAACAGUGGCUCCGGGAAAAUGUCAGGUUAUUCCACCUAUUCCCAACGUGGCCGACCGAAACCUGCUCUGCCGCAUACGGGCACACAUCAAGACCGAGACUGGAGAGCUGGGCUGUCCUGACCAGGGACCCGAUGAGCAGCGGUAUAUUAUUUACAGGAAUGUGUUUGACAAGGUCAUUGACAAUGCAACAGCAUAUAAAAACAUACUCACAACUAUCAAAAAGGAAUAUGAAGAAAGCAUCAAUGUUUUACACAAAGGACGAGAAGAUUCUCGGUUUCUACACAGGAAGUUGAAAUCAAUGGCUUCUGAACCAAUGACUCUUGUGGCUUACAAGAAAAGAGCCAGUCAGCUGCAAAACAAAAUUGAUUUCAUUAAACAAAAUACAGCUGGAUUAGAAGCUCACUUGCAGGCAGUCAAAAAUUCAAGAAAUGUGAAAGGCAAGCCAACAGAAGAGACUUUGCCACCACAGGAUGGAGUCUUCCAUAUUAAACGUAUUCCAGGUCUGACAUUGAAGGAAUCUUUAAAUGUGGAUGAUCUUUGUAAGCACCUGAGGAAACUGGAAAAGAAACUCAAUGACCUAAGAUUUGCAAAAGAAACAAAAUAUGUGCCAGUCCAGAUCAAAACUAAUAUAAGCCAAGAAAUUAAUCAGAAAAUGCAGCAAUGGGAAGAACUGGUCAUGGUGAAUAAGCAACUAAAACUCAGGUACAAGAGACUAAAGCUAGUGGCAGAUGCAGUUGCUGCUUGGGGGUAUUCGGAAAAAAGUGUUUUGCUCACUGAAUUCAUUUUGCCAAGUCUGACAGAAGCAAAUUCUCUUAAAGAGGUUGACAGUCUUUGGCCUGAGCUAUUCGAUGAUGAUGACCCCAGCAAGAUUAAUGAAUCGACAUACUUGUUGGAGUAUGUUGAGAGAUUUAAUGAACUGUUUGACAAUAAGCAAUAUAAGGCAGCUGCAAUACAUGUAGCAAAUUGUCCCCGAGGAAUCCUUAAUAAUUUGGAGGUCAUGGAAAGGUUUAAAGCUGUAACAGAAUAUGAAGGGAAUAUUUCUCCUCUUCUGCUAUUCUUUGAAGCUGUGAUGAGCUCCUUUUCUACUGUCAGGCAUUCACCUAAUGCAAAAAUGUCACUGGAGGGAGUAGAAUGUGCACUGAAACAAAACCGACUGGAUCUGAUUAUUCACUGGGUCAUACAAGAGAGACUGAUAUGUUCUGAAACACUGGGUGAGGUGAUUUACAAUUAUGGAGAUACAGAACUGCGGAGUAUGGACACAUGCAUGGCCCUGGCUCAGAUUGUCUACAAUAAAUGUGGUGUGCACAAGAAAGCUGCUCUCUGCAUGUGCAGGUGUGGGCAGAUUUCUGGUGCAAUGGCAUACAUUCACGAGUCCAAAAAGUUCAGCUUGGAUGAUUAUUUAUUCUUGUUGAACAAGUGCCCAAAUACCGAACUUAUUCUGUGUCUGACCCAUGAAUGGAAUGGAAAUCCAGCAGUUCUCUCAAUCAGGAUUGCGGUAUUGUGGCUGAUCUCAAAUGAUCACAAGGAAGUUGGAUUCCAUCUUCUGAAGGAAAUAUAUGAUUCUGGCCAAGGUGCUAUGGAACAGGCCAUCCUUAAUGACAUUGAUUGUACACUGGAAGAUUGGCAGGAGAUUGCGUAUGCAUGCAACGCUCAUAGCUACAAUGCAGUGGCAGACAGCAUUUUUGCUGUGCUCACGUCACAAGAAGGAGGAACAGUAAUAACAAUUACAGCUGAUGAUGAUAAUAAUGAUGCAAGAUUAAUGGAACAUAUUUUCUUAUAGUUCAGACUUACUGAAGAUUUGCAGGAUUUAUACUUCAUUUAAAACAAUGCAUGUUUUAUAGCAUUCCACUGAAAGAUGGACAUAUUACUAAGAUGGUACAAGUCAUUUUUCAACUCAUGUAGUUUUAUAUAUUGCAGCUUAUCACAUCCUCAAGACAUGCUACAGUGCUUUAUAAUCAAUGGUUUACUGUUAUGUUGGCAAACACUGCAGACAAUUUGUGCACAGCAAGGCUCCACGUAUAGUAAAUAAAUUAACGACCAGAUAAGCUGUUACGUUUAAGUGGUAAAUAAAGCAUUUAUGUUGCCCAGAA